CUAGCUGUGGCCGGGUUGUGCGCAUUUAAUGGCCUGUCGGGCGUCCUAGGAGAUAAGUUGCUAUAAAUGUAGCCCAUCAAUGGGUAUUUAUACUAGCUGUGGCCGGGUUGUGCGCAUUUAAUGGCCUGUCGGGCGUCCUAGGAGAUAAGUUGCUAUAAAUGUAGCCCAUCAAUGGGUAUUUAUACUAGCUGUGGCCGGGUUGUGCGCAUUUAAUGGCCUGUCGGGCGUCCUAGGACGCCUCUUAGCAAAAUCGGUUAUGCAAUGCCUUCCUUGGCCAACUCUAGAAGAGGAUGGCCGACCAUGGAGUAGACUAGAGUCAAACGUAGCCGAAUGGGCUGGUUCUCCGCUAUGGUCCAAUCUUCCGGCCCAUUUCUCCAGCACUGGUUUCCAAAUUGGACCAGGAAAAGGAUCUAACCAGUCGUUACCUUCUACUUGCCUUUCUGGAAAGAAAGAACUAGCAAGUAUGAACUCGUUAAGGGCUGAAAAUGAUUCCCUGAACAGCAGCCAUGUCUCUAAGCUCAAAUCAUCACAGCCAAGUCUCAAAGUGGUCACCACGAGGGAAGUUAACGUACAAAGAGAUCUUUCCCAUUCUCCCUCCCUUUCCCAGAAAUGUGGACAGCAUUGUUGCAUUGUUUCCUUCUUUACUUAAAAACUUUUCCUCCCACUACCCACUCCAAUUUUGGCUGCACACAUCUGCAUGCGCAUCAACAGCAGGCCUGCAAACUUGAAACUUACAACUUCGCCAUUCCCCUCCCCCCUCUAACUAGCUAGCUAGCUGCGCGCUACGCUUCGUCUACUGUCUGGUUUCGUAGCUGCAACUUCAUUCCUUUGGUUUCUACUGUUAUAAGUAUCUAACACGCAUGGACAUUCCCCUUUGCUCAUCACUCCAAGUAACAUGGCAUUCCCUCUCUUGGCUUUAGCCUCCACUUUCUUCUUCUUCUUCUUGUCGACCUUCCAAGGGACAACCCAUUUCUCCACUUCACAACCAAAUGAGUUUCAAGUUGUCUCCCAGAUCUCACUCCCGCCCGAAAUCCCUCCCACUAUGAGUAACACGUCAUCUCCAACUUCAUCCCCUUAUGAGCCUGCUACAGUUUUCAGUGUGCUCUCUUACGGUGCAGUUGGCGAUGGUGAAGCAGACGACACGUCAGCGUUCAAGAUGGCAUGGGACAUUGCCUGCCAAACACAAUCCGCGCUCCUCGUAGCACCAGCUGGUUAUCGCUUCGUCGUUCAGCCUACUGUCUUCCCAGGACCUUGUCAAACUGGCCUCCUGUUUCAGAUUGAUGGAACCAUAAUGGCACCGGAUGGACCGAGAUCAUGGCCGAGUUACUCGAACAAGAGACAAUGGUUGGUGUUCUACAAUGUGAUAGGCAUGACAGUGCAGGGUGAUGGUGUUGUGGAUGGGAGAGGACAUAAAUGGUGGGAUCUUCCCUGUAAGCCUCACAAAGGGAUUCAUGGAGCAACAACAGUAGCUCCUCCCUCAUGUGAUAGCCCAGUUGCAAUAAGGUUCUUCAUGAGCUCAAACCUCACAGUUCAAGGGCUGAAGGUGCAGAACAGUCCUCAGUUCCACUUCCGGCUCGACCACUGUCAAAAUGUCGUGGUGCGAAUGCUCAACAUCCACUCACCUUCUUUGAGUCCUAAUACAGAUGGGAUUCACAUUGAGAACUCCAACAACAUCAUAGUUCACAGUUCUCUCAUCUCAAAUGGAGAUGAUUGUAUAUCCAUUGGAGCUGGAAGUUAUAAUGUUCACAUACGGAACAUUACCUGCAGCCCAAGCCAUGGAAUCAGCAUUGGCAGCCUAGGUUACCGCAACUCCGGAGCCUGUGUAUCAAACAUCACAGUGUCUGACUGCUUCAUUCAUCAUUCUCAAAACGGUGUACGAAUCAAGACAUGGCAAGGAGGGUAUGGCUCAGUAUCUCAGGUCAAGUUCCACAACAUCUGGAUGGAGGGCGUCCGAAACCCUGUGAUCAUAGACCAGUACUACUGCCUCUCCAAGAACUGCUCCAACCAGACCAGUGGAGUCUACAUCCAUGAUGUCUCUUACUCAAACAUCCGGGGCACGUACGAUGUCAGGAGCCCUCCGAUGCAUUUGGCCUGCAGCGAUUCGGUCCCCUGCACGGACCUCGAGCUGUCAGAUAUAGUGUUGUUCCCCGGAGCUGACCAUGGUGGAGUUGCAGAGAAGAACCCAUUCUGCUGGAAUGCUUAUGGGGGAAACCAGACGCUCAUUGUCCCUCCUGUUUCUUGCUUGAUUGGAGGGAGUCCAGAUUUGAUCAUGGAAUUGAAGGAGGAUCUUUGUUGACUUAAAGCAGCUAUUUUGGAUUCCAGCAAACACAAAAAAAGAAAUAAAGACUAGCUCUUGGACUGGAAACGGGGUGCUGCCACAUCUACCAAAUGGCAACAUUCAGUAGUCUGAUGUACAAUAUUUCUCCGUGCAAAAUAGAAACUGCAGACUACAGAUUCUUAGCUAUAUCAGGCAAGAGAGGUCUUUAAAAAGAAUACAAGCGGAAAAGCAUGUGAAGGUUGGUACAAAAUGCAGAUGAAAGAAGUCGGGACAGGGUGGCCAAACUUGUCCCUCCACAAUCCAACAUAAGAGUGCAGUUUGGCCACUGUCCUAAAUAAGGCUUUAACCAGCACUAAAACUUCACUAAAAUGUAAAGAUAACU